CCACUUCAUUGAAAAAAAAAUUAGGUAGAUGUUUUAUAAUGUUUUUUGCCUUGCUUAAUAUUGCUUUAUUUUUCAGUGUCAUGGAAUCAACAUAGAAGGCAAAGUAAUACCACAGAGUCUUACUCAGGAGAUGACAGCAGGUGAAUUGAAGUUUGCACUAGAGGUUGAGACUGUACUCAAUACCAUCCCUCAGCCAGAAUAUAGACAGCUGGUUGUUGAGGCUUUGAUGGUCUUGUCACUUGUUCAAGAAUAUCACAAUACAGAAAAUCUUGGAGAUAUUGUGUCAGCUCAAGACAUCGUACAUGUGGCUAACAACAUUUUCUUAGCAGAUCAGAAACAUCAAGAUGGCGAUGCAACACUGUGUUGUGCUCGGGAUAAAAGAGAGCCUGGCAUUGGAGGUGGAUUAUCAUGCGGUGGUGCAGCGUACAUCUGUCUACAUUUCUAUGAUAGUGCACCUUCAGGAAGCUAUGGCACCAUGUCCUACAUGAUCAGAGCUGUUACUUCUACUCUCACUUGCUUCCCACAAGAUGGAGAUUUAGACUGCACUGUCAGCUGAAUGGUGAAAAGAAAAGAAACAUACGUAUAUACAAUCUUUAAAUGUAUUCUUAAAAAUACAUUACAUUUAGUAAAGCUGUACCAUAUUUAAAAAUAACUUUGUGAAUAUUUUCAAAUAGAUAACUUAUGGAAACUUGAUUCGGUUCUUAAAGUACAUAUAUAUCAGCCAUAUAUUAUUAGCUUUGACAAUGAAUAAUUCUGGAUAUAGGCUUAAAUAUCUCUACAAUCUGAAGAUAUGAAUCCAUUAAAUAUUAAUGUUCUUUUCCUAUUUAACAUUUGGAAAUAAAAUAAUAGAAGUAAGAGAAAUUGGUUAUAGUACUGAAGUAUCUACUGUAACAAACCAGUUUUGACUUAAGAAUAUACUUUAUAUUUUUAAAGUACAGUAUCAUUUAUAUUUAUAUUACAGUACAGUAAUACUUUGUGAUAUAUAUUAUUAGAUUUGAAAAUAUAUAUACUUUAGUAAUAUAUGAAUUUUAUCACUAUUAAUACAGUUGAACCUCAUUCAUCUGGAUAUAAAAGUGCAUUAAAUAAUAACAAAAAUAAUUGUUGAUCUGAAAUAUUCUGACCCAAGAGAUUCAAUUUAGAUAUUGCCAAUAAUGGGAGAAGUGAGGGUGGUAGUGCAGAGCAUGUAAUUCAUCCAACUCAGGUGAGAGAUGGAUUCACAGUGGCAGGCAGGAGCUAGUUAGUGAUAUAUUACUUUUAAAACUAAGGUUUCAGGUUACAUAGUCAAGUAAAAUGAGGUUUGACUGUAAUAAAUUUCUUAGAGCUUAUGAGCACUUUUGUAUAAAUCUUAGUAAUAUGUUGCUAGAAUUAAAAGCGAAGUGGGAGGUCAUUUCGUUUAAGUAAUCUGUGCAUAUUACCUCUUAUAACUCAUUUUAUGCACUUGUAGAUUAUGUAGAUUGUUCUUCUUAAAUUGAGAGUAAUGUUAUACUCUGAUAAAAUGCUGUUAAUAUUGAUCUUUUACCAAUACUUUCUUUAUGCUAACUCAAGUAAUAUCACUAAAACUUUUAGAGCCAAAUCUAGUGCUACUUUGUCACUUCAAAUUCCAAAAGGAAUUCAUUGAUUUCUUAAAACUUUUUUGAUAUCUAUGAUAUACUAAUGCAUACAGAGUUUGCAGUUAUGUGACUUGAGCACCUGUGUCCACCAUGUUGCCAGUCAGACACAGUGAUUCCGUUCAAUAACCAUCAAGCAUCUUGCAGAACCAGAAUUUGAGCAAGAUGGAGGAAGUGGUUAUUUUAGGUACACAUGAUCCAUACACACUGCCUCAGAUUUUGUUUUUUUUUUACAUUCUUGAAACUGACAAACAAGUUUCCAAGUGUGGCAACAAAUGUCUACCUGGUAGACAAUGUUUGGCUAUACAUACACAGAAAAGUUGAUGAAGGCCUUCAAAAGCUUGGGCAAAUUUACAUAUUUUAGAGGUUGGCUGAAUGGAUGAUACCCUGGAUGGCAUGUACAGGCCAACAUCUCACUGUUAAGAAUGACUUUGUAUACAUGUAUUUAUUAUUGUAUAGUAUGUAGAUUAUUUUGAAUAUUUACUUGUUUAUGAAACUGUAUUGUAUUUAUAAUACUGAAACAAAUAAGUUGGCUAUUCAUUUAAAAUAUAAAUGCAAAUACUUUUAUCUAAUUAGUGUUCAGAAAUGUCAACAUGAUCAAGAUUAACUUAAAUGAAUACUUUGCAAUGUUUGGAUAUUUUAUUUAGGGUAUUUGAGGCUUGAUAAAGCUCUUAGGAAAAUGUAGCCUAAAUAGAAAUAUCCAAACAUUGCAAAAAAAGUGUCAACAAAAUAAAGCCUAAAAUUUAUUUAGGAUUAAAACAAACUACAACUUAACUUCAACGUAUUUAUAAGUACAUACUACUAUUUAAAAGAUGGUAUUAUUCGGGAUUUUUUUUUUUUUUAAUUUCAAACACUUUGAGAGAUAAAUAUAAUUUAAGGUACAUUAGUUACCAACAUUACUCUCAGUGUGAGCUGUGUGACCCUUUGGGUUUAGCACUUAGUUUUGAUUGAAAUAAUAAUUGUUAAUGUGAGUGUUAUUUAUCUGCUGGUUUGGGGCAUGAUUUUGAUAUGCAACUUUAUUACUUUUUUAUAAUCAGGAGAAGUGCUAAACUUGUAUGGGUAAUAUAAUGCUUAGUGAAUUAUAAGCAAUCAGGUUCAAUUCAAGAAUUUGGAGGCUUUGUCCAUUAACUUUAUGCCAGUACAACAUCAAAGCUCCUCCCUUGAAGGGUGUGGUGAUAAUGAAUGAUUACCAGUGACUUACAUGAUGUGACAUAUUUGCUACACAGGUGUGUGGAAUUUGAUGGCACCAGUUUUAUCUCUUAAUCACUGCUAGCUUAUCCCAAACAUUCUUUCUCGACAGAAAUGCAAUAAAGAGACAUAUCUUC